AUGGGCCAGACGGCGUCCACCAGCGGCGCCCGCAUGGCCGGCAUCUCGAACCUCGUCGCCGAGGUCGGCAACGAUGUCCAGUACGAAAAGAGCAUGGGCUCGUCGCGCUUCCUCAAGGCCAUCAAGGCGCGCCACCGCGGCGGAUCCCUGGUCGUAAAGACCUACAUCAAGCCCGACCCCACCAUGAGCCUGGCCAACCUCGUCAAGCGCCUCCGCAUCGAGCGAGAGUCGCUCGCCGACGUGCCCAACGUCCUCACCUACCAAAAGGUCAUCGAGACCGAGCACGCCGGCUACCUCAUCCGCCAGUGGCUCGCCAGCAACCUCUACGACCGCAUCAGCACCCGCCCCUUUCUCAGCCCCGUCGAGAAAAAGUGGAUCACCUACCAGCUCCUCUUUGCCAUGCGCGACGCCCGCGGCCGAAAGAUCCCGCACGGCGACCUCAAGUGCGAAAACAUCCUCGUCACCUCGUCCCUCAUGGUAUACGUCACCGACUUUGCCGCCUCCUUCAAGCCCACCUACCUCCCCCUCGACGACCCCGCCGACUUUUCCUUCUUCUACGACACGUCCGGCCGCCGCACCUGCUACGUCGCGCCCGAGCGCUUCUUUGCUGCUGCGGGGACCGACCUGCACUCGCACGCGCGCGGCACGGCGGGCCUGGACGAGAUGCACGCGCCGACGGACGCACAGGGCGGCCGCCUCGACGAAUCGUCCUACAUGGACUCGCUCGGCCUGUCGAAGCGCAAAGCCAAGGUGACCGAGGCCAUGGACGUCUUCAGCAUGGGCUGCGUCAUUGCCGAGCUCUGGAGGGACGGCACGCCAACCUUCACCCUGAGCCAGCUGUUCAAGUACCGCCAGGGCAACACCGACGUCGAGACGAUCCUCGCAGAGAUCCCCGACGUCCACGUCCGGGACCUGGUCCGCAGCAUGAUUGCGCUCCGGCCCGAGGACCGCAAGUCGUUUGACCAGUACCUCUUGGACGGCUACGACCGGGCCUUUCCCGCCAGCUUCUACGACUUCUACCAUCACUACCUGGUCGAACUCCAGCGGAUCUCGACGCCGGCCUCUCGGCAGGAUAGCGGGCCGUCGGGCAUGGGCAACCGCAUCGUCUCGCAGACCGCGGGCGCUGCUGCCGCAACGCCGUCGAUCUCGGGCACCUCGGUCACCGGUGCCGGCCCGCACGUCGAGGCUCGCGCGUCUGAUCGGCUAUACAUCGAGGCCGACGAGCGCAUCGAGCGGCUGUACGAGGAGUGGAGCACCAUCAUGCGAUUCUUUGACGACGACGGUGGCGGUCGAGGGGACGAGAUGGCCAAGGGUACGCCACGCGAGGCGACAGGGCUUCCGCGUCGAUCGUCGACGACGAGCCUGGACCUGCACCGCGAUACCGAAGACGAGGGGGCCGACGACGAUGCCGCGGCAGCGAGGCAACGGCAACACGACCGGCUCAGCAAAGAGGCCGCCGAUCGCUUCGUGCCCGUCCAGCUCCAGAUUCCCGGCCUCGAGAGCCAGAUUCUCGCGCCGAGGAAGCGGCCGCUGCAGGCGGAUGGCACCGCGCUGAUCGUGCUCUCGGUGAUCCUUGCCAACGUGCGAAACUGCCGCCGCCCUUCGUCCAAGUGCCACGCCCUCGACCUGCUGCUCCACCUCUCGUCGCGCUGGCUCACCGACGAGACCAAGCUCGACCGCGUCAUUCCGUUCGUCAUUUCGCUGCUCGAUGACGAGGCUGUCACGGUAAGGAUGGCGGCCAUACGCUCGUGCACGCAGCUGCUGCUGAUGGUGCGGGUCAUCACGCCCUCGAACGCCUCCAUUGUGCCGGAGUACAUUGUGCCCAACGUCCGGCACCUAAGCCUGGACCCGUCGACUGCGGUGCGCUGCGUCUUUGCGUCCUGCGUCCUGCCCUUGGCGGACACAGGCGAGCGCUUCCUGCAAAUGGCCCAGGCCAUGCGCGCCGAGGGCGUCUUUGCCAUCGAGCGCGACCUCUCUGGCGACUUCCUCGACAGCCAGCCGGACGAGGCCAGCUACGACGCCCAGCUCGUGGUGCUGCAGAACCUGGUCCAGGAGCAGGUGACGACGCUGCUGACCGACCCCUCGGCCUCGGUCAAGCGUGCGCUGCUGGCCGACAUCGAGCCGUUGUGCCGCUUCUUUGGCGCGGCCAAGACCAACGACGUGCUUCUCAGCCACAUGAUCACCUACCUCAACGACCGCAACUGGCUUCUGCGCGAAGCCUUUUUCGAGGCCAUCGUCGGCGUCGCCCAGGCGGCCGGCAACCGCAGCCUGGAGGAGUACAUCCUCCCCCUGACGACCCAGGCGCUAUCCGACUCCGAGGAGCACGUCGUCGCCAAGGUGCUCAACAGCUUCCGCGGCCUCGUCGAGCACGACCUCUUCGCCAAGGACAAGAUCCUGCGCGUCCUCGCCAUGACCGUCGGCUUCCUGUGCCACCCGAAUAUCUGGCUGCGCGAGGCAUGCGCCGGCCUCAUCGCCGCAGCGGCUGCCAAGCUCGAUCCGACCGAGCUGUGGGCCGUCGUCUACCCGUCCGUCCGACCCCUGCUGCGCUCCGACAUCCACGAGUUCACAGAGCCCGUCCUGCUUGACAGCAUCAAGGAGCCGCUGCCUCGGUCCAUCCUGCAGGCCGCCAUCUCAUGGGCCUCGAAGGCCAACAAGACCCUGUUUUGGAAGUCGAGCCCCGAGAGCCGUGACGCGGCCGGACUGCAGAACGGCCUGGCGACCGAGGGUGUGGGGCUGCUGCUCGGCCGCGAGGGCAAGGACGUCGUCCAUGCGCCCAUCCAUCGCACCGACGAGGACGAGGCUCAGCUGGACAAGCUCCGCGCCGCGGGGAUGAGCGACGACGACGAGAUCAAGCUGGUGGCGCUGCGCGACUACAUCCGCAGGGUGUCGAGGCAGUCUUCGCCGUCGCUCUCCAAGGCAGGCAGCAAGGCGGUCGCCGACUGGGCCGAGGUACUCUCGCCGGCGGAAUCCGGCGAAGGCCUGGGCCGGAUCCGACCGGCAGUCGAGGUCCAGCCGCUCGAGGGUGUCACGCCGCAGACGAUCUUUUUCAGUCCCAACCCCGGCUCAUCGGCCAGUGCCGCCCUGCAGGCCCCGCUGCGCGACAACGCGUCGUUGAUGACUGGCACGUUCCGUUCGCAGGACGAUGGGUCUUUCACCGCGAAGGUGGCCAAGCGCAGGCUCAUCGGCCAGCGUACCCCUUCGGACGGGUCGCUGCUCAGUCCGAUGCACGAGAUCCGACGCCGGCUGAUCCACGACCAGGCUUCUCGAUCCGCAUCGGCCAUCGCGAUGCCUGCCACGCCGGGACCCGUCGAGCCCAUCAGCACGACCACCUUCGCGACAAAGGCGGUUCCGGGCAGCAGCAUGUCGCCGAUCCGCCCAGGUCCAGCCAGUCCAUCGCCAUCGCAGACGCACACCCGGCUCGGGCCAGGCAAGGCGUCGCCAGCCGUGGCGCCGAGCCCUUUUACGGCCACGGGCACCAUGAGCGACCUGGCGUCGCGCCUGCGGAACCUCGAGGUCGGAUCGCAGCACGCCGGUUCCAGCCGGGCCACUCCGGCCGACUCGGCCACUCCGACGAUCCGCGGCGGAGGAGCAGCGGGAGCAGGCGGCGAGGCUCACGUCGCCGAGGGGUCGACGUUUUCCAGCACCUACGACGGCAACGAUCCGUACAUCCGGGCACAUCUCGAGGUCGUGUACCUCAAGAACUUCCGCGAUCGGCCCGAGUUCGGCCCCAAGGUCGCCAAGGGACCGCCGAGGCGCCGGAGCGCCCGCGCCGCGCUGCCUUCGGGCUCGCGGACGAGCUCGUCGAGCAGCAACCGACGGCCCGAAGGCAACCUGAUCGCCUACUUUACCGAGCACACGGCGCCCGUUACGUCGCUCGCCGUGUCGCCGGACCACCUCUUUUUUGUCUCGGGAUCCGAGGACGGCACCCUCAAGGUGUGGGACACGGCGCGGCUGGAGAAGAACGUGACGUCGCGGUCGCGUGCCACCUAUAGCGCGCAGAAGGGCAGCAUCACGGCGGUCAUCGCCAUCGAGGGCAGCCACUGCGUCGCCAGCACGGCGACCGACGGCAGCCUGCACGUGUGGCGCAUCGACGUGAGCCAGAGCUCGUCGAUCCCGCGGUACGCCAAGCCAAAGCUGAUCAGCAACUUCCAGCUGAGCACGCCUCGCGAGUACGCCACGUGCCUGGUCGAGAGCGUGUCGGACGCUGCGUCGAUCCUCAUCCUCGGAACCACGCACAGCCGCCUGACGGUGCUCGACCUGCGGACGAUGCAGGUGCUCAAGACGCUGCGCAAUCCGGUCGAGCACGGGCCCAUCUCGUGCCUCUGCAUCGACCAGAAAAAGGCCUGGCUGCUGGUGGGCACGCUGGGCGGCAAGGUGUCGCUGUGGGAUCUUCGGUUCGGGCUCUUGCUCAAGAGCUGGGACGUGGGCGCCACCGCCGACGGCGCGGAGGCCAAGUCGGGCGGCGCCGGGCUCUUUCGCGUCAACGGGAUCGCACUGCAUCCCAGCAAGGGGGCAGGACGCUAUGUGUUGGUCGCAUCGGAGCGCUUGCCGGAGUCGCCAGCGGCGCGGUCGCGUGGGAGCAGCCAGCAUGACGACGCGUCGAGCCCAGCGGACGGUCGUACUGAGGCCCAGCGGCAGCGGCAUCCGCGCGCCGACUCGACCGAGGUGUUGAUCGAAACCUGGGACAUUGACCGAGGCCUUCGCGUCGAGACGUUCGAGGCGGGGCCGUUUCCUUCGACGGGCGUCGCGAGCGAAGCCCGGCCGACGAUGCUGGCACCCGCCUCGGCCGCUGCUCUAUCGACAGAAGGCGCCGCCCCACCAUCGGCGCUUUCGGCGGCGGCAGCCGUGGGCAACACUCUUGGCGCAGCGGCGGCCAUCGAGCAGCUCAUACAGCAGCAGAGGGCCAUGCUUGCCAGCUCCGUGGCCCCAUCUCCAAGUCCAGGAGCUGAUGGCGAACGGGUCAACAGCGGCUCCGGCUCGACGAGCGACGACGACGACGACGACGACGACGAUCUCCGCGACGACUUGCUGGCAUCGCGGCCCGAGAUGCGGACGGGCGCGCGGAUGCGCGAGAUUCUUCGUCCGCCCGCUGCAUCGAGCUGCCCGGUGCGGGGCCUGUACGUGAGCCUGGACGGCUACGUCUCGUCGUCGAUGGCAUCGGCGACCUCGACGGCGGGCAACGCGCAGCUGGCCGGGGGAUGGCUGGAUGCGGGCAAGCUGGCGGCGGAAGCGGACGAUGCGCACGCCAACGCGCCGUCACAGGGCAGCGGCGGUGGCGGUGUGGCGGGCUACAUGCUGACCGCUGGCGAAGAUCGCAAGAUCCGAUUCUGGGAUCUGGGCAAGGUCGAGAAGGGCGUGUGCAUCGGCACUGUCGACGAGAAGAGCGAGUUUCGGUCGUUUGCAGGCGGAGGCAGGGCACAAGGGCGAGGCGCAGCCAGGACCGAGGCCGAGGCCGAGGAUGAAACGGCGACGGCGGCGGACGCUCAAAGGGACGAGGUCGUGUCUGCGGGCGUGGCGACGACGACGACGAUGACGACGGCGGCGGCGGCGGGUCCGACGAGGCACAUUCACCACCUGUACGUGGGCGGCUCGGCGCGGGCGCAGAUGCGCAGCCCGCUGCUGGCGCACCCGCAGACGCAGGCGGCCAACGCGCUGAGCCGGGUGCACAAGGAUGCCAUUACGGCGCUGGCCGUCAUCGAGCACCCGUUCCGGUGCAUCGUGGCGGGCGAUCGCGCGGGCUGCCUGCGCGUGUGGGAGUAG